GUUGAGUGCUAAUCCGACUUCCAUCCCGGAUUUCUCAAACUAAAACAAGGGACAGGCUGGCAACUAGACAACAACACCGGAUUGAGGAAAUUGAGGAGGGCAAACCAUGUGCAAAACAAACUUGUUUAAAGCCGAAAAGCAUGCAACCUGAUGUUCACAUCUAGACAAUCUAAGCAGCUAGACGUCGUUUUCGCAAGUGCUCUCUGCACUGGACUGGACCAGCAGCCCAUACCGCAGUUCUACAACAACAGCAAAGAGAAAAGGACUUAUUUUUAUUUCUCAGCCAUGCAGCCCUUAUCGUUGACAGUGUUUUUUGUGCUGCUGAUGCGGGAGGUGAGCGCUUGGAGCGCCAAUGUCAAAUACGCAGUCGACUGCCCGGAGCGGUGCAAUGUGGAGCAGUGUCCCGGGACCCAGCGCUGCAAACGGACCGUGCUGGACGACUGCGGUUGCUGUCACGUGUGUGCAGCGGGCCGAGGAGAACUCUGUUACCGUACGGUGUCAGGGAUGCACGGGGUGAAAUGCGGACUCGGGCUAUUUUGUGACUUCUACAAGGAAGAGGACGAUUUCGGGGAUGAAUAUGGCAUAUGUAAAGAGUGUUUAUAUGGAACCUAUGGUUUGGAAUGCCGUAAAAAGUGCAGCUGUAAGGCUGGAGGCAUCUGUGACAGGGAAACUGGACAAUGUCUGAAAUUUAAAUUUUUAGCAAUGCUGGCUGCAAAGCAAGCUAACAGACUCAAGCUGAUGCCACAGACAGAGAAUGAUAUGGGAUCUGGUGACAGUGACAGCGAUCUCCAUGAGGAUUUGUUAAAGGAGAAAACAGCACAAUCUGCAGUUGAAAAAUGGCUAAAUCCCCGCUGACAUUUUCUUCAGUACAUAGCUUAUUCAGUUUAAAUGUAGCAAAUUAAUAAGUUAAAAAAAUCUAUUUUGUUAUGUUCAUGACAAUAAUGGCUAUUCUUGAGAUGUUUUAUAUAUAAAAUGUCUGGAAAACUGGGAUUUUGACUCCUACUGUAUUUGUAAUCGCUUUUGUGAAAAAUCUUCAUUUUCAUCCUUUCUUCUCUUUUUCGGAAAUAUAUAUAUGAACAACACAUGUAGAGAUGUAGAUUUAUAGUAAUGUGCUUGUGUAGAUGGCUUUAAAGAAGGAAAUGGCCUUAUCUGAUUUGUUGUUUUCAAAUAAUGUUAAUAUUUAUGCCUAUAUUUUUAAGGGGUUUGUGGAUUUGCAAUAUGUGUUUAAAAACACUUAAUUCUGUUGUGUAGUAGAUAAAGGCACUAUACUAUGUAUUACACUCACAUAUAUUGUACUUGGGUUAUUGUCCAGAUAAUCUGUUUUGCUUUCUUAAAAAUGUAGGGACACAGAGCUGUUGUUCCUUGACUCCUUAAGUAGUUUUGCAUGGCAGGGCUCUAUUGCUAAAAAAUUGUGCUGUAUUGUGACUGUAAACAUUCCUAAGUGGGAGCUCCGGCAUUCUUUUGCUAUAACUCAUCCCUUUGAAUGUAGCACUGUUUUUAAUCAAACAUGGUUUCCCAUGUCAUAUUUCCUGUUUCCUUUUUCAAUUCCCAAAAUGAAAAGAGAAUCACACCAUCCCAAAAACAUCUCAUUGAUGAACCAGACUGAGGUAGAGAGAGCUGUUAUCCAAUGAUACCUGCAAAAGUAAUCAAGAUGCCUCCUCGUAUCAGCAUUGCUUCCUACAAAUAAAAGGAGAUAUGAUGACAAGUGAGCAGACCACAUUCGAGAUAACCUUUUUGAAAACCUUUUUGAAACUGUUGUCUUGUUUUGCCAGUGUAAUGUAUAAAUUCAGAAUAAAAUAGUUUGAUUUUAAACCUGAGUGUCACUUUAAGCAUGUUAUACUUGCAUUGUCUGCUCACACACAAUAUAGUGUUAGUCGGUUUUUGGAAAAUCUUCAAGAAUUAAUGUGUAUUCUUAAAGUCAUAAAAUGCAAAUGUAUGCUGUAUUACUUUCUGAAAUUAACUCAAUUUAUUUCAGUCAUCGUUGCAAAACCAAACUGGCUUUUCUCAAGUGAAACAAUGCUUUGGCUGUUCACAUCAAGGUUUGUAACUCCAUAACUGUAUGCCAAUAAGAUGGCUAAACUCCUAUUUGUAAUGAUAAUGAAUCAACAUCAUCAUCAAGAUGAGAAAGAUGAUGACAUUUUGAUUUGCACAAAAUAGUGCUUUUCCAAUGUACUCCCAUGUCUCGUGUCUCAUGUGUGUCUUAAAGGGUUCCUACAGUAUAAUAAAGAGAU